CCACCAACGCUCUUUCACACUUCCAAUCUCCACCUCCUCCGACUCCGCUCACCACCUCCAAUAACUGUUCGACUACUUAAACGCCUGCUUGGCGGCUGUCGACUAGCUUUCAGGCUGAGAUCUUUCACUGCUUUCCCUCUUGAUCACCAUGGCCAAACUCACCUUACUCACUACGUUAUUUGCCGUGAUCUCCAAGACCCUCGCCGCUCUACCGAACCACAAGAUUCGCGGUGUAAAUCUUGGUUCCUUCUUCAUCGUCGAGCCAUGGAUGUCCAGCCAAACAUGGAAGUCUAUGGGCUGCGGCAACGCAAAAUCAGAAUGGGACUGCGUUGCAUCCCUUGGUCAAGAGAGAGCAGACACCGCCUUUCAAAAGCACUGGGACACUUUCAUCACCGCCGAGGACUUCGACAAGAUGAAGGAGUAUGGGCUGAACACUGUGAGGAUCCCCGUUGGGCACUGGUUCGUAGAAGAGACUAUCGCUCCAGGCGAGAACUGGCCUCGAGGCGGCAUGAAGUAUCUCGACAAAGUCGUCGGACUGGCAGGUUCACACAACAUCAGCGUGAUCUUGGACCUACACGGUGCACCGGGUGUGCAGGCUCCCAACAACGCGUUCACUGGCCAUACAACCGAGAACACAGGAUUCUACUCCCCAGACAACUACAACCGCGCAUGCACUUUCCUCCGCAACAUGACCGAGCGCAUCCACACGCACGACCAGUACAAAACCACCUUCAUAUUGGAAGUUCUCAAUGAACCCGAGCCCAACCACGCCUCCCUAAUAUCCUCCUGCUACCCUAAAGCGUACACCACAAUCCGCUCCACCGAAUCCUCCCUCAGCAUCCCCGAAUCCCACGCCCUAACAAUCCAGAUGAUGUCCUCAGCCUGGGGCGCGGGAAACCCUCUUCACUCCCUCCCCAAUUCAACCUUCAACCUCGCACUCGACACCCACCGCUACCUAACCUACUCCUCCAUCCCUCCCACAAAAGCCGACUACCUGAAUGCUUCAUGCGGCGACACGUUUCCGUCAGAGGAAAACAAUAAGCCACUGAUUAUUGGGGAGUGGAGUCUGGCUGUCAAGCAGGAGAAGGAAUGGAGUGAUGAGUUUUCACCGACCAGAAAGGAGAAUCAUGGGUGGUAUAGAAGGUGGUGGGCGGCGCAGGUAAGGGCAUAUGAGAAGCAGAAGGGGUGGGUGUUUUGGAGUUGGAAGACUGAGCUUGGUGGGGAUUGGCGGUGGAGUUAUAAGGAGGCUGUGGAAGUGGGGGUUAUCCCUAAGGACUUUAGUAAGGUUGGUGAGAUGGCGGAGUGCUGA